AUGCCCACACACCCAUUCCUUUAUAUAUCCAUUUACACUCCCAGUGCCAGGCGCUGGUGAUUCCAGGGGAGCAGAGUGGCUGGUUACAAGAAGGGGGCGAGAUGUGUCUGAAGGGGACGGAGCGCCCUCUUCUGACCCAGGAGAGGCCCACACAGGCCCGCUAAGCACCCGACCCACCUCUUUAGCACCCACUCCCGGAUCAUUGCGGUCCUGGUGGGUGCGACGAUAGGAGACUAGCUCUGGGGGCAGCCGCGGCCGCCGAGAGGCGGGGAACGGGGUGGAGUCGCGGCCUUGGGCAGCCGCGUGGCUCCACCUGUUGCGGCGUCGGAGCGCGCUGGCCGGAGCCUUGCCUAGACCUCUGUUUCCCGCACCGCUCUGCAGGGCAGGGCCGCGGGAGGAGAGGACCUGGGGACAGUCGUGACAAAACGGCGUGGAGGAGAAGCUCCCCGGGAGGUGAGACUCGAGCGUGGAGGCGGCGGCGGCGGCGGCAGCGCCCUCUGAAAGCGCGCCCGCGCGGGUACCGCGCAGCGUGGGGACGCGGCGGGAGUUCGCAACCCGUGGACGCCGCUCCGCGCAACCCGCUCGCCCUCCCGGGACCUGCUCCAGCCUCUAAGCCCCCGGCAGUCGGGUCCGAGACGCCUGAGGCUCCGCGCGGCGCCGCGACUGGGGAACCUCAGCUCAGGUUCGUCUGGGGAGGCACCUCCAAAGUCGGCCAACCGAGAGCCCGCGUCCUAGCCGUCGGCGGCUGUAGGAUCAAUGGUCAAAGAGACGGGAGGCCUUGGGGCUCCGCUUACCCGCCAGCCUCCGAGGUCUCCCGACCUCCACUUCGGGGGAAAUUCAAGUCGGCGCGAGUGUGCAGCGAAGAUGCGCCACGCCCCCUCCCCGCUCUGAGCGGGCGGGACGCCGGGGUGGGAACAGCGCCCGCGGCCUCGCGCCCCGCAGGAGCGGACUCUGCACUGGGCCGCCCGGUCCUUGAGCGUUUAGAACUCCGAGGCGGGCGGGUCGGUGACGACAGGAGGAUUUGAAACCAAGAAACGAGGACUCGGGGAGCUGGCGUCGCAGGAGCGGUCGAGGCGGCGGCCCCUGGGGAAGCGCCCAGCGGCGAUGGACGAGCCGGCCGUCAGGCGUCCGGGGGCGGGCUGAGCGCACCGCAGAGCCCUGAUCUCCCGGGUAGCCUGCGUCAGUCAGCCCGCGGCCACCGCUGUCCAGCGCGGGGCUGUCCCCGGGGGCCCAGCCAUGGCCGGCCGGGGUUGCGGCUGCGGCCCGGGCCCCCUGAACGAGGACAACGCGCGCUUCCUGCUGCUGGCCGCGCUCAUCGUGCUGUACCUGCUGGGCGGCGCUGCCGUCUUCUCGGCGCUGGAGCUGGCGCACGAGCGUCAGGCCAAGCAGCGCUGGGAGGAGCGGUUGGCCAACUUCAGCCGCCGCCACAACCUGAGCCGCGACGAGCUGCGUGGCUUUCUCCGCCACUACGAGGAGGCCACCGAGGCCGGCAUCCGCGUGGCCAACGCCCGCCCGCGCUGGGACUUCACUGGCGCCUUCUACUUCGUGGGCACCGUGGUGUCCACCAUAGGGUUUGGGAUGACAACUCCAGCAACAGUAGGAGGAAAAAUCUUUCUGAUCUUUUAUGGCCUCAUUGGGUGUGCAAGCACCAUCUUGUUCUUCAACCUCUUUCUGGAGCGCCUGAUCACUGUCAUCGCCCAUGUCAUGAGACUGUGCCACCAGCGGCAGCUCCGGAGACAAGGGGCCCUGGCCCCGGAGAGCCCGAAGAACCCGGGGAAGCACGAGGUGGGCGGCCCGGCUGGCUGGAAGCCCUCCGUGUACUACGUCAUGCUGAUCCUGUGCACGGCCUCCCUGCUCAUCUCCUGCUGCGCCUCCGCCAUGUACGCCUCCAUCGAGGGCUGGAGCUACUUCGACGCGCUCUACUUCUGCUUCGUGGCUUUCAGCACCAUUGGUUUCGGGGACCUGGUCAGCAGCCAGAACGCCCAGUACAACAGCCAAGGCCUCUACCGCUUCGCCAACUUCGCCUUCAUUCUCAUGGGCGUCUGCUGCAUCUACUCCUUGUUCAACGUCAUCUCCGUCCUCAUCAAACAGUCUGUGAACUGGAUGCUGAGGAAGAUGGGCGGUGGGUGCCGUCCGCAAUGCCAGAGGAGACUGUUGCGGUCGCGGAGGAACGUGGUGAUGCCGGGCCACGUCCAGAACCAGUGCAGCAUCUCCAUAGAAGCAGAUAGGGUGACGGAGAGCGACGCGGACGGGCGGCGUCUCUCGGGGGAGAUGAUCUCUGUGAAGGACUUCUUGGCGGCCAGCAAGGUGUCACUAGCCAUCCAACAGGAGCAGCUGUCUGAAACAGCCAACGGCUGCCCCCACCAGGCCAGCACGCUGUGCAGGGACAGUGAAUUCUCAGGGGGCGUGGGGGCCUUGGCCAUAAUGAAUAACAGGUUGGCAGAGACCAGUGAGGACAGGUAGGAGCAGGGAGUGGCCAGGGGGCCCGGAGGCCGAGGGGACUGACAUCUGGCUCCCCCCUGUGUGGGGCUGGCUUCACUCGGGAGCUCCUCUCUGCCUCUUCAAGCCCAGUUCCAACGAACGGCCGUCUUCCCAGGCUGUGGGAACCUGAAGCCUCACAGCCUUCCUCCUUAAAGUCUUAAAAAUGACUCACAAAAGUAGCCUAAGACAUUGCAUUGUUUCUGUACUCAUCUUGUCCCAGGGUUGUAACUGCCUGAAGGAAGAAAGGUUUAGGUAAGGCUUGAUUUCCUGCUGAUCUGUUCUUCAUUUGGAAAUCAGAAUCCUGGAGACCCUAAUUUCCCCCUGCAACUCUAAAUGGCUGAAUGCACCGCCUCUCCCUGUCCUUUCAAAAACGGGGGGCGAGGGAUUUUGAAUAAGUGUCUGGGCUCGGGGCUUUCUUCAAAGCAGAUUUGUCCAUAAUGCCAUGCAUAGGAAAACCCCUCUUCUUAUACCCGCUUCUCUGCUCUUUGUGUUUCCUUGCCUUUAUUUUUAAGAUCUUAAUGCCAGAAUGAGGUGUCUGUGGAACCUAAAUUCAGUUUCAGGCCUUUAAACUACAGCACAGUGUGGCGAAAUACACUUUUGUAACUAAAGGAGACAACUUAACAUUUUCCCGCUGAACAAUCACAGAGACUAUUUCAUUUUUACCAGGGCUUGGAGCCCACUGCAAAGAUAAUGGCUAUUUAUUAGAACUGAAAGUUGAAUAAA